UCUAGUGAAAUAAGCUAUUCUUUUUCCCGCGGGCUUGGCGCGCGGUGAUAAUAGAGCUUCCAGCUGCUGCCGUUGUUGUGAUGUUGUGUCGUUCGUUAGUCCGCCGCUGCCAGGAUGGACCGCAGGGUUUGGCACCAAGAUUUUCCCUACUCCAUUUAUUAGGGCAGUAUCAGUGUAUUAAGGAAGAUGACCAUCCUUCCUAUGGAGACAUGGGAAUUCCAGUUCCUCCUUUUGGCUGUAGCUUUUCAACAGCUUCAGAUGUGCAACAUGUUCUUGGUGUUGCCAAUGAAGAGGGAUUUGUUAGGCUGUAUGAUACCCACACACAACUGAACAACAAGAAAAUUGUUAAAGAAUGGCAAGCUCAUUUAAAUGCUGUGUUUGAUCUUGCAUGGAUGCCCUAUGAACACAAAAUUGUUACUGCUUCAGGGGAUCAAACUGCAAAAGUGUGGGAUAUUAAAACUGGUGAACUCUUGGGAGUAUGCAAAGGACAUCAGUGCAGUCUCAAAUCAGUUGCUUUUUCUAAAUUUGAAAAAGCUGUGUUCUGUACUGGAGGAAGGGAUGGAAAUAUCAUGAUCUGGGACACUCGAUGCAGUAAGAAAGAUGGAUUUUACAGGCAAGUCAAACAAAUAAGUGGUGCCCACAACAUCAUAGAUAAAACACCAUCCAAACUGAGGAAGAAAAAACAGAAUGUGAAAGGACUUGCACCCUCAGUGGAUUUCCAGCAGAGUGUAACAGUGGUACUACUUCAAGAUGAACAUACCUUAAUCUCAGCUGGGGCUGUUGAUGGUGUGAUCAAGAUAUGGGAUCUGCGCAAGAACUAUACUGCAUACCGGCAGGAACCAGUGCCCUCCAGAGUUUUCAGCUACCCUGGGAACAGUACCCGUAAACUUGGAUAUUCCAGUCUUAUUUUGGAUUCCACUGGUACCAACCUAUUUGCUAAUUGCACUGAUGAUAAUAUAUACAUGUUCUGUAUGCCAGGUCUGAAGAAUAAUCCGGUGUCAGUUUUCAGUGGACAUCAAAAUUCCAGUUUCUAUGUCAAAUCCAGCAUUAGCCCAGAUAACCAGUUCUUAAUCAGUGGUUCAAGUGACCAAUGUGCCUAUAUCUGGAAGGUAUCUGAAUCACAAUUUCCUCCAAUGGUACUUCAUGGCCACCUGCAAGAGGUCACUUCGGUUGCCUGGUGCCCAUCUGAUUUCACUAAGAUUUCCACCUGUUCAGAUGACAACACUAUCAAGAUUUGGCGCUUAAGGCAAAGCACCAAAGAAAAGACCUGGACAGACAAAACCAGCUUGGUUGGUUGGACUGAUCAAAAGACAGUAGUAGAACAAAACAAAAUAGAAGUUCUUAGCAGCAGGCAUGGUACUCCACCUAAAGUUCUUCCAACAGGCAGCCCUCUUAUUUCUUCACCACAACCAGCUGCUUGUGCUCCAACUUAUACGGGAGAUCUUCCGCUUCCUACCAACACACCAACAUCAUCUUCUGCCACGACACCAAGCAUCUCAAUUUGCACCUUCACUCCUGCAAAGCAAAAAGUUACUUCAAGCACCUUAUCAAAACUAGUACUUCCUUCAACUACGUCCAUUCAACACUGGGUUACAAAGACUCCAAAUUCAUCUCCACCUGUAAGGGAAACAAAGAUAGCUUCUCCACAAAUAGCUGCAGCAGAUAUUCCUGACACUGCCUUUGCUUCCACCUCACCACAUCUGAGGUCAGAAACACGUGCCAAGAGAAGGUUAGAAUCAAGUAGGGAAGAAAAUAUGUGUCUCAAAAGCUGUAACUGUAUGACUGAACAUCACCCAGAGUCUAAGAAAUCCAGACAAGAACAGUUCACUUUGGCAGCAAGUUCAAAGCCUUGGAGAGGAGACUGCCUUACUCUUAAUGGAGAAGUACAGAAUAUUCAAAACUUGAAAGAGCCCUUUUCUCCUAGUAGUCCUUGUUCUUCUGCCACUUGUCUAAAUUAUCCACAUCUUAUCGAAACAUCUUGUGAGAAGAUGGUUGACAAGGAGAAUGGUUCUACUGAUAGAAGAACCUGGCUGUCUGAUUUGGGAAAUAAACUCCGAACUAACAAGAUGAAUAACUCUAGUGGGUCAUCCUCAUCAUUACGGAAUCCAAGCACAAAACGAGUGGAAGCUAGAACAGGAGCUACAUCACCAGGCCCUAUUAUGACUACAAUAACAAUGAGGAAGAUUUGUACAUACUUCGAGCGAAAGUCACAAAAAAACUAAAGAACUAUGUUUUGAGUGUACCUUAAUGCUGAAACAUGUAUUUUAUUAAUCCAGAUGGAUUUAGUUUUAUCCACAAAAAAGAUACCCAUGCAUUUUAAUUAAAACGAAUACUUCCUGUUUCUAAUUUUUUUCUAUUUACUGUCUUGCAUUUAAUUAGUUAGGGCACUAAUUAAAUGGAGAAACAGGCUCAAUGAAUGAAACAGCCAAUCCCUUUGAUUUAAGAUUUGCAUUUAUUUCUUUUAUGGUAAAUUGCAGAAAAUAUUUUUUCAAACCUUUUUUGAAAAUACUUUUACCUAUUUGAAUGUACUUUUAAUUGCUAAAUUAGUACAUAAGGCAAAACAGAAAAGGAAUCCAUUCAAGAAUGUUUUACUUGAUCUACCUUAUACUAAAGGAAAUGCCUUUAUUUUAUACAUCCCAGUUUCCCAUUGUAUUGGUGUAAAAAUAUUUUCUUAUAAAGUACAUUUUUCUUAACAUUGCAGCUCUUUUUCUUCUUUUGCAAUGAAGCAGAUAAUAAGCAGGAGGGACAAAAAACCUACUGCGCACUCCUGGAGGAAAUCUGACACUUGAAUUCGGAAGCAAUUCAAAGAAGUGGUGAAAGCUAAACUUUUGGCUCGAUGAUUGUUUUGUAUUGAGCAUUUACCUUUUCAUAGCACAGUCAAGUUCCUAAAAUUGACAUAUGUUGCCAUGUUCAUCACAUUAGGAAUAUAUAGGUUAUUAAAACUAUCUACAAAAAAAUAGUGUAAUUUCAUAUCAAGUGAUAAUGUAUUUCUCGUCAAUAUUUUCUUGACAUAUGAAGUAAUCAGGUAUGUUAUAGCUAAAUAAAUGUCUAGUCCUAGUGAAAAAGGGGGAUCUUUUUCUACUCUGUAAGCCUGCUAGAGUCACUUACAAAGGUGAGAUGGGUGGCAAAUAAAUAAAGUAAAUAAAUAAAUAAAUCAGCAAUUCCCAAGGUCACUCAGUCAUUGGCUCACUACAGAAAGUAAUUUUAUCUUUUAACACAUUGUUUUAAAUAUCUUCCUAUAUGUACUGACUAGUGACUGCUAAUUUGGAUCAUAUCCAUAUUAACCAUCUGCAAGGAUGUGCUGAGAGUAUGUAUUCAUUCAUGCUCUGCUCUUACAUAAUUGCUACAAUUAUUUCUGAUUAGCAUAUUUUGAUGUUUUCAAUAAUUUUUCCUUCUAAGUAUUUGGUAUGUAUAUUUGUCUACUUAAGCUAAUGAAUGUACUACAUGUGCUUUCUUUAGAUUCACUUGAGCCGCAGUCUAUUAGAUUUGCAGAUAUUAGAGGACCUUGUAUUUGUUACAAGUGGUCUUAACACAAGUUAUCCCUCUGAAAUUUAUAUCUGUGUUGCUGCAAGAAGCAUUUUUCAACUUAGAGCUCUGCAGGCUGUUCCUAAAGAUGAUUAGGGAACUGGAGCAUAAAA